AUGGCUAGAUAUUGGUGGGGUCAAAAGAAUGAGGAGAAGAAGGUGCAUUGGAUAACUUGGAAGAAAAUUUGCAAAGCAAAACCUGUUGGAGGGAUGGGGUUCAAGGAACUACAGAUUUUCAAUAUGGCUAUGUUGGCAAAACAAGCUUGGAGGUUGUUGAAGAAUAGGGAGAGUUUGUUCCACAAGAUGUAUGCUGCUAGAUACUUUUCUAAUGGAGACCUAUUGGCAACUUCUCUUGGAGGUACUCCCUCCUAUGCUUGGAGAGAAAUAUGGGAGGCAAAGAACCUGCUAGUGAAAGGGGGUAGGUGGAAUGUGGGAAAUGGAAGCUCUAUCCAUAGUUUAGAUGAUGCCUAG